ACUGCGCCACAAAAGUGAGGUUAUUUUUAAUUGUGCGUUUUAAAAAUCAACAUGGAUGUGGUGAACGAAAUAUUAGAAAAAUCGGCCAAGGAGGCCUUAAAGUACAAACCGAUUACUGUAGAGAAGCAUCUGGAGCUGGAGUAUGACCUUGGAACACUUUUGGCUGUGGAUAUGAACGACUUCGACACCACAAAAUUGAGAAGGGAGAAAAAUGAUUAUUUCUUGAAUUUGGCAAGGGACAACACUCAACUACUGCUAAACCAGCUAUGGGAUCUUCCCACUGAAAAAGUUGAAGAAGCAAUUAUGGUGAAACUACCAAAACCCAAAACUCUUCUGCCAAGAAUGAAACCUGUCCCCAGACCAAAACCAUUGACAAAAUGGCAAAAGUUUGCCCAAGAGAAGGGAAUUCAAAAGAAGAAAAAACCAAAACUAUCAUGGGAUGAACAAUUGAAGCAAUGGAUUCCCCUUUAUGGUUUUAAAAGGGCAAAGGCAGAAAAAGAGAAGAACUGGGUGUUAGAAGUGCCACAAAAUGCAGAUCCCAAUGAAGAUCAGUUUGCAAAGAAAACAGUGGCAAAAACUGAAAAUGUUGCCAAAAAUGAGUUGCAAAGAUUAAGAAAUAUUGCUAAAGGAAAAAAGAUUAAAGUCCCAAGGGUAGGAGUGACCAAUCCAGAAGUUUCAUCAGCAAAAGACCUACAAGCAGCAGUAACUGUAGCCAAGGCAUCCACUGCAAGCUUGGGCAAGUUCCAGGACAAAUUGCCAAAAGAAAAAGAGGCUAGAGGUGUCACUGAAAUCACUCCUGGUGCAUCUAGAAAGAGAAAAAUGCCUCCUGUAGCUGGAGACAUUGAAAAAAGGGAAAACCUGAAUAUUGUGGAAACAAUAUUGAAUAAGAGGCCUAAAUUGGAUAUUGAGAAAGCUGUAGCUAAGCAGGUGCAAGCCACAAGGAUGGAUUUGGGUGAAAGUACACAGCAAGAAAGACGGAGGGGUGAUAAUAAAAGCAAGAGCAAAAGCAAGAUCGGUAAGAAACCAAGUGGUGGAAAAGGACAGAGAACUGGAGGCAAAAAAGGUGGUGGAAGGAAAAGGCGUUAACUGUGGACGGCAACAACUUACACCGCCUUCAACUUUAUACGCCGAAUCCUUGAUCGCCUUCUCCAUAACCGACAGUAAAUAUCUAAAAAAAGAAUUUCGGUUUCGCUUCACCACCGGAUCGUCCGACUUCAGCUUCACCAGUUUUGCGAUCCAUUUUUUGCAAAUUUGUUUAUCUGUCAAAGAAAAUUCAUGUAUAUAGUGUAUUAGAUUUAGGUUUAGUUUAACAUCUGUAUGUUUGCCAGUUACAACUUGUGUAUAUUUUAACCAUAAAAGACGUGCAGAAACCUCUUUAAGUAAUAGUUGUUAGAAGGUUUUAUAACCCAUUUUGUAUAGAAUAAGUAUUAUUGUCUCUUAAAUCCAAUCUAGGAUCAAGUGACAUAGAUGACAUACCCACAUGAUGCCAUUCUGUGAUUUCUGUUAUGAAUAUUGACCAUUAAGAGUUAAUAUAAUUUAUUAAAAUAUACAAAGAACCUGUGAUCUCCAACUGAUGCAUAAUUUGAUAAAUUUUCGUUCCUACAAAUGCCAUUAAGCUACUUGCUCAUUAUCAGAUCCAAGCUUAUAAUAUUUUUUAUUAAAGUUGCACGAGUUGAAGCUGGUAAUUAAUUAAUUAAGGAUCAUGUAUAAAAAUCUGAAGCUGUCGUUCUAUUUGGGUCUCAUUUCAACAUUUCAGUCUGGCUAACUUUCAAAAUUAUUUAUUUACCAAAGAGAAUCGCAGUUUCUUUUCACCCUCUUAAAAAAAUAAAGUCACGCUUUAUUUUUUUAAAGAGAUACUCUAUGUUUAAGCAAGUGUUACAGGGGCACCCUUGGUAUUCCCAGAGAAUACCAACGAGUCGCUCUUAAAUAUAAAAAACAAAAUUGUAAUCAUUAUUAUUUGUUUUGGCUAGAAUAAAGGUUUUUCAAAAAAUC